AAUAAUUAUAAAUAUGAGUUCGUUGUUAUUCAGGCGUCAGAUUGCCAAAGCAAGGAAUGCAAGAAAACUUGGUUUGUUCCCAUACCCUCAUACUUUCAAUAAGGACAACCCUGCUUUCUUAAAUUACCCAAAGGAGGAUAGAUACAGUCAAAUCCAGAGAGAGUUUAACCCAGGAGACAUGCCUCAGCUAGCUUAUCAAAAUGUGAGAAAGUUCCCAGACUGGUACAAGCCAUAUCUCAAUAACUACUAUUCUCAUGGAUUUUUAGUAGUCUACUUCAUGGCUAUGGUAGUAUAUACCUGGACUUACAGACAAGAGAUUAAAUUGGUUAAAGGAAGAAAAAAAAUCAUCGAUUACGACCACAAGGACUGCCAAACCUUCGCUCAAAAGAGAAAGAGAAGGUAUGCAAAGGAAAGAAUUGCAGCAGGAGAUGAACAAUGGACCAGGUAUCUUGAGCCAAAGGCCAGAAACGAGCAUCAUCAUUAA